CCUGUCUUUCGCGCACCAUGUCUGGUUCCUCCGGCGUCGCUGCUAUGAAGAGAGUGGUUCAACAGCUCCAGCUGGAAGCUGGGCUCAACCACGUUAAGGUUUCCCAGGCAGCUGCAGACUUGAAACAAUUCUGUCUGCAGAAUGCCCUGCAUGAUCCUCCGCUAACUGGAGUAUCUUUGAGUACAAAUCUCUUCAGACCCCAGAAAGUCUGUUCCUUUUUGUAGUAAAAUGAACCUUUUAAAGGUUACCCAAACCACUUCUCAUGAACCAGUGAAUAUUCAAGAAAGAACUAAAUUUGAAGCCUGUACAAAAACUCAUCCUUAUAACACAUGUGCCAUGAUAUACAAACUUCUUCUUUUGUCUGUACUUAACAUCUACUUCUCUGAAUUUUCAUGAGCAUCUAUUUCACAAGGGUAUAAUUGUUUUAUAUACACUGGCAGCAGCAUACAAUGAAAUACUUAGUAUAAAA